GGACAGUGGACAAAUGCCCUAGCCUAAGCCUGGGCUUGAACAUCCUGAUGUGGUAGUAAGAAGCAGGGGAAUUUAAACACAGAUUUUGGACAUGGAGAAGAGCAGUGAUGAAACCAGGUCAUGAAGCUCCGAAAUCAUGCAACUCCAGGGUGUCUGGUGGGAAUGCGGAGAAGCACUCGAAGAAGUUUAGGCUGACAGGGCGAGAACCCCACCUGACCCCCCUCUUAGUCAGAGACUGAGGGAAAAAAUGGUUUCAUCCCACCAAGGCAUCGAUCUAUACUCUAUAGUCUUGCAGUUCCUUGUUAAGACGAACAAUCAAAGCCUCAGACUGCAUAUCCAGGCAGCAGCAUGGGCGACUCGAGUGGAACACCCCAGGCAAAUGCCUCCUUAAGACAACCGAAGAAAAGAUUCGUCGGAAGACGCACAGCAGACGCCCAGGCACAAUCAUCACCGAGCGUCAAGGAUGUUGAAUCUACAAGCGUACAAAAAGCCGCCCCUCGGAGGACCCCAAGGACAUUAAAUCAAGUGCCCCCCGAGAUCCUCAAUGAUCCCGAUAUUCUCGCUGCCAUGGACCUCCUCCCAAAGAACUACUCAUUUGAAAUCCCAAAAACCAUCCACCGCGUUCGAACUUCCGGCGCAAAACGCAUCGCCCUCCAGUUUCCUGAAGGCCUCCUUCUCUUCGCGACCACAAUAUCCGAUAUUAUUACCCAAUUCUGUCCAGACACCGAAACCCUCAUCAUGGGAGACGUCACCUACGGCGCAUGCUGCAUUGAUGAUUACACGGCGCGCGCCCUCGGCUGCGACCUCCUCGUCCACUACGCCCACUCCUGCCUGAUCCCGGUCGAUGUAACGAAGAUCAAAACCCUCUACAUCUUCGUCGACAUCAGCAUCGACACCACCCACCUUCUCGCCACUCUUGAGCGCAACUUCCAACCAGGCAAGACAAUCGCUACCGUCGGAACAAUCCAGUUCAACGCAACACUGCACGGCCUAAAGCCGGUCCUCGAGCGCGCCGGUUUCAACGUCGUCAUCCCCCAAAUCACCCCGCUCUCAAAGGGCGAAAUCCUAGGCUGCACAUCCCCAAACCUCUCCGCCCAGGAAAUCGACUACCUCCUCUAUCUCGGCGACGGCCGCUUCCACCUUGAAUCCGCAAUGAUCCAUAACCCCACCAUCCCCGCCUACCGCUACGACCCUUAUUCCCGCACACUCUCCCGCGAAUCCUACUCCCACAAUGAAAUGCAUACUCUCAGGCGCGACGCCAUAUCUACCGCCCGCUCCGCUAAGAAAUGGGGCAUCAUCCUCGGCUCACUAGGUCGACAGGGCAACCCACACACGAUGGCUAUGAUCGAGGCGCAUCUCCGAGACCAGGAUAUCCCAUUCGUCAAUUUGCUGCUCAGUGAGAUCUUCCCGGGGAAGUUGGCCGCGAUGUCGGAUGUGGAGUGUUGGGUGCAAAUCGCUUGUCCAAGGUUGAGUAUUGAUUGGGGUUAUGCGUUCCCGAGGCCGCUUUUGACACCGUAUGAGGCUCUUAUAGCACUGGGGAUUAGGGAGAGUUGGGAGAGUACGCAUGGGGGUGUUUAUCCGAUGGACUUCUAUGCGAAGGACGGGCUGGGGAGGACGAAGCCGCAGCCGGUACAGGGGACUGCUUGAAUUAUACCCACCUCAAAAAUAAAUGACGAUCGUUUACGACCAGAUAGACAGAAACUAUAAUGUUUACGAAUAGAAGCCUUGCGAGUAUAGAAUGCUUAUAGAAAUGGGAAAUCUUGUAAUAGUUUCCCAUAGUAGUAUUACAUAACAGUAUCUUGAACUCAUUAGUUACAGUAGGACA